GCGUCGCCCCAGUUUCCGCGUGGGGCGUGGCGCCGUCGCAGCUUCCGCACAUCCCGGAAGGCCAGGAGACCGUGUCCGGGCUGCUCCCGGGGUUCCGGAGGCUCCCGGACGAGGGCCCGAGCGCCCAGCGAGAGGAGGACCCGACCAUCUUGGACGAG